UCUGCGAGGGGGAGGAGUUAUCCCAAUCCCGGGGACGAGCGGCUACAGAGAAAGGAUAACUGUAGCCGAGUGCCAGAUGAAAUGGUGCUAAUAAAUCUGAUUAAAAAACUACAAUGGUUAACAGGUAUUUAUGUUGAAUUCCAAGACUUCAGAUAAAGUUGUGUGAUUUAACGGGGUUAAAAUUUGGUGUCCAGACAAAGGAAUUCAACGUGGGUCUGCUCUUUUUGAUUGAACAAUCAUCCCACGUGGGGAACAGGAGUCAUAAACUAAACCUUCACACCUCCUUCACCAACCAGACUUACUUUUGUAAAUGCAUGCAUUUCAUUAGUGUAGAUACAAUGCCUUGAUCAGACAUUACAAUGGGCUGCUUCGACUCAUCCAUGGGUCCAAUGGGGAUAGUCAAGGGUUACUGGUGUGCCAGUGGACUGUUUGGGAUGUUUCUGGGACUGACGAUUUUAUUUACGGUCAUCCAAGCCAGCCCACACGUCGCAGACAAACACUGGUUGGAUUCCCUCACAGCAGACAGUUUGCCUUCUGACGGCCCAAACUUGCGAUUCUCCCCUCAAAAUCGACCAGUCUCCUUCACUGCAGUAUCGCUAGACCCUGAAUCUACUGCAGUGACACAAUCCUCCGACGGCCAGCCACAGGAGCCGACACUAAACUCUGGUUCUGAUGCUGCUGACAGGGCACUUUCCCACUGGGGCCUUUCACCUUCUCAAAACCCCAAAGCCUUUACCUCAAGUGAACUACUCGCUGAGCAGACAUUAACUCGCACAACACCUGCUCUCAGAUCGUUGACGCCCGGAUCGGGUCCGGAUUUUAAGGGCCCUUCAUCAAGGCGAGCAAGGGAUCUGUUGAAGAAAAGGUCCAUUGUGACGAUAUCAAAACAACCACCCCAAUCAAAUUCCACACCCUCAGCUCCCUUAGGGCCACAGCUUGUUCACCUUUACUCCGACCAGAAGAACGUAGAUGAAUCUCCACCAACACAAAACCAAAGCAAAGCCCCACUUAAUUCUAGAGAGCGCGACACUGAGACGCUGGCCCCCAGCUACCUGCCUUUUUUCAGCCCCCACCCCACAGCCGCUCUAUCUGAACCCACGGAGGCCCUACCCGUAGACAUCUUCCCUACCAACACCAUGGAUAAGGACUGGGGCUCCGGGGAGUACAUGGAGACCAUGUCCUUCCUGGGCUCGGAGGGAGACGACUACGCCCUGGUCUCCAACCUGCCCUCGGACAUGUACGACCUGGAGGAGUCGGCCUCAGAGAGCUACGACACGUCCUUCCCGACCAGGGUCGGAGUGACCAUGUCCUCUUUCCUCCCGCAUUUCGUGUCGCCAUCUCUGAGUCUCAGCCCGCCCCUAACCUCCGCCGGUACUCCCACGUCCGUUUAUCCGCCCCCCCUGUCUUCCUCCGUCCAUCCCGCCUUUGAGCCCACUCCCCCGGUUGAGAGUGACGUCACGCGAGCCCUGGACGAGGAUUGGUCCGAGGCCUUCACCAUCCAAGCCACGGACCUCCUCUUGCCCGACAUGAACAGCAUAGAGUACUACACCACCCAGCUGACCAAGGAGAACACCAGCCUGAACACCGGCGCCGAGCUCAGGGGGAACGGCACCAUCUCCGGCCUCGUGUCCAAGAUGUCCAUCAGCACCACACACUUGGUGCCCACCAGGACUUUCACAGUAGACCCCAGCCACAUGCACACCUCUUUGUUCGGAGACGAUGGGCCAACGGACGAGAGCGCGUGGGCCGAGGAGGAGUCCUCGGGACCUUACGCGGGCUACGAGCCUCUCAACGACACCAGCCCGGUGAACGACACAGCGCUGGGUCUCCAGCCAGUCAGCAUGUCAGAGCACUCCUCCAUCGCGACCUCUCCGUCCUUUGUUGACGCUUCUCCGAUCUGGGAGGCAGAGGUCCCCACAACGCAGUUGGCCCCCACACCAGACGCGGGGUCGGACAGCUCUUACUACACCGAGUCCGGGUCCGCUCUGGCCGACGCCACAGCCAUGCUUCCCGACGACGUCCUCCUCUCGUCUUCGCCGUCGGACGUGUACUGGUUCACCACGGAGACGAUCCCCCUCGAUGCUAGCUCCGUCACACCCGUCCUGAGCGCUAGCACGGCCCCCACGCCCGUCGCCUCCGCCGCACCGGCCCCCGAUGACACUCCUGCCCCCGAUGACACCCCUGCCCCAGGCGAAGCCACUCCCAGCACUACCGUCAGCGCCGCUCCCAACGCCACCGUCCAACCGUCCUCAAUGGAACCCUCACCCGACGACACGUCGCCUCCUCCCAUAAUGAUCGCCGACGAGGGUGUGAGCGGAGAGCCGACCGAGGGCCAUCCUGUGACACCGACAGCUUCAGCUGAAGAUAACACGACCUCUCUCAUGCUCCCGGUUACUACCACUGCCGCGGCCACUACUCCUCACGUCACAACGUCUAUCCCUACUACCGGUCAACCUGAAGCCGUCACCACGCUCAGCACCACCACGGUCACUACGGGCAAGAGCCCGGCAACGACACCGCAGGCGAGGCAGUAUCUCUGCAGCAUCGACAACCCCGCGUAUGCAGUUAGAGUCGGUUUCCCCUCCGGGGCCACCGUCGGAUAUGCCAAAACCCAGAUCAGGGACAUCCUGAAGAGUGAAUUCAACAAACCAGUUGAACUGCAGGUUUUGGUGCCUCCUCCCAAGUUUGUUUUCCGCGUGGUAUCAGGCCCGGUGGUGUACACGGCCAUAGCUGUCACCAACGCCCUGCGAAGGUCUGGCCGCCGCUUCCUGUCUGUGGCUCCGGGUUGGACCCUGCCUGACAAUAAGUACCUGGCCCAUUCAGUGCUGCAGUUCGUGCCGGGCAACGUGGACGUACGGGCCUGCAACUUCAGCGAGCGGAUAGAGAAGGGGCUGACCCUGGCGUUGGCCGAAGUGCGGCGGCGUGCGCAGGAGUCCACCAACUUCACGGUGCACAUUGUGAACAUUACCAUGGCUGGCCCCGAACGCCAACAGCAGCCAGUGAACAUUUUCUUCGCCGUGCGGGGCCCCGGGGGCUACCUCCUUGGGUCAGAGGUCACCAACCUGCUGUUGAGGCUAACCAUGGUGGAAUUCAGCUACUACAUGGGCUUCCCGGUGUUGGAGAUAGCCGAGCCGUUCCACUAUGCAGAGCUCAACACCACACAGCUUCUUCGAUCCUCUUGGUUGAGAACAGUGCUCCUCGGUGUGCUGGACCCCAGGGUGGGUGACCCGGGCUUCCAGGCGAAGAUAGAGCGCCAGCUGGCCCAGCUGCUGGGCGAGGCCAUGGGGACGGUGCGGCGGGCGAAGAGAGCCACCACUGUGGGCAACAGCAGUGUUCAGGUGGUGAGCCUCAGUGAGCUGACGGGAGCGGACCACCCCCUGGAGAUAGUGUACUUCGUGGAGGGUCCCAGCGGACAGAGGGUGCCCGCGGUCCAGUCGGCCGAGCUGCUGAACAGCCUGGACGUGCAGAGGGCUGCCAUCGUCCUGGGACACCGAGUGCAGGGCAUCCUGGCACAGCCCGUAGAGAAGGUCGCGUCCCAGCCCCCGGACGCGGAGAACACGGUGCUGUGGAUCGUCAUCGGCGUGGUCGUCCCUCUGCUGGUGGUCAUCGUCAUCGUCUCCAUCCUCUACUGGAAGCUUUGUCGCACCGACAAGCUGGAGUUCCAGCCCGACGCCAUGACCUCCAUCCAGCAGAGACAGAAGCUGCCAGCCCCCACGGUGAAGGGCUUCGACUUUGCCAAGCUGCACCUGGGACAGCACGGCAAGGACGACCUCAUGGUGGUCCAGGAGCCUGAACCCCAGGGGCCCCACCCUGCGCCGGGCAAAGAGGGCCUCUACCCGCCCGAGAACAGGGAGAUCCCCGUCCCCACGUCCAAGACGUCCGUGUCCUCCGUCAAGGCGUCGCUCAGUGGCCGCCGGCGGGAGAGGAUCUCGCCGUCGGACGGGGACUCUGUGGUGAGCGACGGCUCCAGUGGGCGGGACUCAGGGGAGGAUCCACGGCGAGGACAGGUCACGCCCAGCGACAGCAAGCAGGCGCGCAAAACAACCAUCAGUGUUGCAAACGGACCCCCGCCCAUGAGUGGUUCGGAGCAGCUGUCCUCCACGGCGUCCAUCUUCGAGCACGUGGACCGUAUGUCCCGCUCCAUGGAGGCGAGCAGGAGGCUGCCCAACAAGAUCCAGCUCAUCGCCAUGCAGCCCAUGGCCGUCCCCCCACUGCUCAGGCCCAGCGUCAACGGAAAGAUACCGGUGAACCCCCACAUGAACAAAGAGAUGCAGGUGGCGCUGAGACACAAGUCGGAGAUCGAACACCACCGCAACAAGAUCCGCCUGCGUGCCAAGAGGAAGGGCCACUACGACUUCCCCGCCAUGGAGAACACGCCGUCCAACGGCUUCGGAGACACCAAAGACCCGGGCCGGAUCUACCAGAAGGCCCGGCAGCAGAUAGACCGGAUCCUGGACCCGGAGCUCCACAUCCCCUCCCUCUUCACAGAGUCCAAGAAAGGGGCUCGAGGCCGGCGCUCCCCGAGGCAGAGGAGGAAGGACCAGCUGAGCGCGGGGCUGGCGGACGCAGACCGGGACCACCUGAUCACCAGCGACAGCGACGCCGUCUACAGAAGGGGUCCCGGCGUCAGCAACGUGGCCUUCGUGUCGGACCCCGACCAGGGCUCCCCCGCCCGGAGCCCCUCGCCCAGUGACGACGUCUUCCUGGGCCCCUCCUCCCCGCCGCCGGGCCACGCCCCCGCCCCGCCCCCCUACGCCCCGCCCCAGCCCUCCAUCGAGGAGGCGCGGCAGCAGAUGCACUCGCUGCUGGACGACGCCUUCGCCCUGGUGUCGCCCACCUCGCAGGGCAGCGCGCCGGGCGUCACCCUCCCGGGGGGCGGCGGCGGCCCCCACCACCCGCCGGGCGCCAGUCCGCCGGCGGCCCCCGGCUCCAGGGCCUGGGGCUCGUCCCGCCCGCUGCCCCUCAGCUCCUUCCCCGGGCCCCUCACCAUCGCUCAACCCCCUCACUCACAGAGGUACAACGACCUGGGUUUGCCCCCGAGCCUCCUACACCGACAGGGGCUAGGCUCCAGCUUCCUGCCCUCAGGGGAGGCCCCAGGCGCUGGGCCCCCACUGCAGCCUGACAGCCUGUACCCUAGCAAGGGCCACUACGCUGAGGAGCAGCCCUUGUCCGCCAGACCACGACCAGUAGGGGGCACUGCAGGCUCCCAGCUCCACCACCUGACGCAGGUGGGUCUGUCCAGCCGCAUCAGCAGGGGACCGGUCGGACAGAAUGACGGCUGGAGCCAUUACCAUGACAACGACUACUCCGCUCCAGGCCAUGGCAAGGAUGCGAUGACCCGGAACGGUAUCAGGGAGCCCUCCGCACCGCCGGCCCACCAGGACACGCCCGGGCUGGGCUACCCCUCGGCCCCGGAGCCCCUGGACGCCGGCCCUCCCACCCACUCCUCGGCCUCCCUGAUCAAGGCCAUCCGGGAGGAGCUGCUGCGGCUGUCCCAGAAACAGGCAGCGGUGUCCAGCUACCACAGCUGA